CAGCGGCCAAUCAGCGCGCGGCUCCCGCACGGGGAUUCCGUAGGCACCCCGUUGGCUGUCGCUAGGAUACCAGAUAAUCAGGAGGCAGGCCGGGGGGGCUGGUUGGUGGAGUGGGGUGUCGAUGGUGGGACGAGCAGCUCAGCCACUGCGCGCUGCUGGGGGGUCGACGAGAGCAGCUAGCGGGGGUCUAGUGAGCGAGGGUACGGAAGCACCGCCACGGCAACGGACGCACGCGAGCACACGGGCGCAGGAGGAGCAGGAGACAAAGAGGAGCAGCAGCCGUAGCGCUAGGAGUAGCAUCCCAGGCUAGGACAACAACAGGAUCCCGGGGGAUGGGGCACUAUACCCCUGCAUCGCGGCGGGGGGGAGGGAGGAGGAGGCACAGGAGAGCCAUUCAGAAGAGCCGGGGUUCAAAGGUCAGGAGAGCCGAGGGCACCAUGGAGAGUGAGCCAGCUGCCCCCCCCUCCAUGGCCGGCACCGGCGGACCGCCCCCCCCAGCACCAGCCCCACCACCGCCCCCGUCUGCCGCCUCCACCACCGCCGCCGCCGCCGCCGCCUCCAGCAGCGUUGGCACUGGGAGUACUGGUGCUGGCGCGGCCCACGCCAGCACCACCAGCGCCAGCACCAGUGUCCUUCCCAGUAGCACCAGUACUAGACAGGCCGUGCCUCAGAUCUCCGUCUACAGCGGGAUCUCGGACCGCCAGACUGUUCAGGUGAUCCAGCAGGCGUUGCACCGCCAGCCCAACACCGCCGCCCAGUACCUGCAGCAGAUGUACGCCGCGCAGCAGCAGCACCUGAUGCACAGCCUGAGCACCGCCCAGCUGCAGAGCCUACAGGCCAGUAUGGCGGUUGGCAGGCAGGGUUCCUCCCAGAACGGCACCUCGUCCCAGCAGGGGGCCUCCUCCCAGACCACGAUCAACCUCACCACGUCGUCUGGCGCCGCCCAGCUCAUCAGCCGCGCCCAGAGUGUAAGCUCCGCCCCCACCAGUAUUUCCCAGCAGGCCGUGCUGCUCGGGAGCCCGUCCAACCCCACCACCCUCACCGCCAGCCAGGCACAGAUGUACCUGCGGGCUCAGAUGCAGGUUGCCAGGAGCCUGGGCCGAGCUGUCCCCCUGUCGUCUCAGCUCAUCUUCACGCCCACUGCCACGGUAACGGCUGUCCAAUCAGAGAGCUCCGCGCAGUCCUGCCAGAACCAGGUCCAGAACCAGGUCCAGAACCUGGCCAUGCGGGGCCAGCAGGGGGCCUCCAUGGGCCCUCAGGCCCUCAGCCUGAAGCAGGGCCCGGUGCCCAUCCAGCCGGCCUCCAUGAUCCGCAACCCCUGUCCCCAGGGCGCCGCCGCGGGGGCGGGGCUUGUGGGGAAGGGGGCGGGGCAGGCGGAGGGCCCCCCGGAGGCGGGGAAGAAGGCGGAGCCGGAGGUGCGCGCCAUCAACAUGAGCCGCAACAACAACAACAACAACGUGGCGGCCGCGCCGCCGCUCAUCGCCCCGGCCUACACCCAGAUCGGGCCCCACUCUCUGGUCACCCAGCACAAACAGCAGCACCACCACCAGCACCACCAGUUUGUGAUGCAGCAGAGCGCCCAGUCCUCCCAGCGGGCCCAGGGCCAGCUGCUGCAGACGGCCUCCAUCCAGCCCUGCCCGCACCCCGUCCCCGUGCUGCCCAAGCCGGGGCCCCACCCGCCCGCCGGGCCCCACCAGGCCACCAUCUUCCACUCCACCAUCAACCCCCAGGCCCUGCACGCGUCCCUGGGCCACGCCAAGGCCCAGCCCGUGCAGCUCACCGCCAUCAACCUGCAGAUCCAACCCACGGCCUCUCGAAUGAUCCAAGCCAGUAAAGAGAAGCCCACCUCAUUGGUGGUAAGAGAAGCCGGCCCCACCUCCACGGCCUCGCCACACCCCCACCCCCACUCCCACCCCCACCCCCACCCCCUCCACCUCGCCCACCUGCACCAGCACCACCACCACCACCAACAACAGCAGCAGCUCCAACCGCAGCAUCAACAGCAGCAACCACCACCGCACGUAGCUCCACCACCGCCUCCACCUCCACCUCCACCCCAGCCCAGCAAGCCCGUAGAACCGCAGCCCAAGGCCAGCGUGCCCGCGCCCCCAGCUGGGCCCACGCAAGCAGAAGGGGUUUCGGACAAGAAGCCGCGGACUCCCCCUCCCCCGGCCGCUCCUCAGCCCGCUCCCCCGGCCAUGACCUCGGGCCACGGGGACGAGUCUCCCGCAGUGACGGCCAGCGCGCCGCACAACGGGGAGAACAAGCCGCCCCAGGCCAUCGUUAAGCCGCAGGUGCUCACGCAUGUCAUCGAGGGCUUCGUGAUCCAGGAGGGAGCCGAGCCGUUCCCCGUGUGUGUGGAGCGUCUCCCCGUCCUGAUCCACAGCCCCAGGAAGUCGGACCACCAGCUGUCAGACGACCCGGACAAGACCCCCGCGAGCCACGCAGCCAACACGGACUCUGAGCCUGAUGACCUGAUCCAGCACGAUAAGGAGGAGGAGGACGAGCCCAAGCUGACCUGUGAGUACUGCGGCUGGGUCGACUUCGCCUACAAGUUCAAGGGCUCCAAGCGGUUCUGCUCCGUGGUGUGUGCCAAGAGGUACAACGUGGGCUGCUCCAAGAGGAUGGGGCUCUUUCGGCCGGAGAGGAGUAAACCCACCAACCACUGGCGCAAGAGGACCCAGGCCCGGCCCCCCAGCGAGGCCAAGAAACGGAAGUCCCCCCCGUCCCCCCACCAGACGCAGGGCGGCUCGGUGUCGUCCCCCCACGCGUCCCAGCCCAGCCAGGACGGCUCCACGCCCUGCUCCGACAUGUCCAGCUACGAGGAGCCCCCGUCCCCGCUGUCGGCCGCCAGCUCCGGACCCCCGCCCCCGGCCCCCGCCAACGGGCCCCCACCGGUGGCCCCGCCCGCCGCCGCCGCCACCUCCGCCCGCGUCCUCCGUCAGUCCGGCCGGGGGUCGGACCCCGAGGUCCUCGAGGCCCGGGACCUGGACCACCACCGCGGCGGCGGCGGCGGCGGCGCGUCCCCCCGCCACUUCCUGCCCUGCGACCCCACCAAGUGGAACGUGGAGGAGGUGUCCGAGUUCAUCCGCUCCCUGCCCGGCUGCCAGGAGAUUGCGGACGAGUUCCGGUCCCAGGAGAUCGACGGGCAGGCCCUGCUGCUGCUGAAGGAGGACCACCUGAUGAGCACCAUGAACAUCAAGCUGGGCCCCGCCCUCAAGAUCUACGCCCGCAUCAACAUGCUCAAGGACUCCUAGCCGGCGACCCCAACCAGCCCGGGCGUCUUGUCUUGUGUGUCUUUGUGUGCUGAUGGGCGAGCGAGGCAGGGAUGAGUGGGAGGUGAAAGAGAGAGAGGACCUGACGUGGGGUUGGACCUCGGUCCGGACCAGGCCUGUCUGUGAGGUCGUGUCACGGAGGUCGGGGUUCGUUCUGAGGAAGAGGAGGUGGGAGGUCUGAGGGAAGAGCAGGGUGUUUUCAACAACGUCGCCGCACCGUUUGUGUCGGAUUGGUCGGAGGAAGGAACGGUGUGGUUCUCCGGAAACCCUGCGUUCUUUCGGUCGUGCGGUGAAAUCGGCAAGGGGAGCGGGAACGUCGAAGGAUAAGUUUGUGUUUUGAACUUAACGGAAAAAAUAAUGUUUUUUUUUUUUUUUUUAUGCAAUAAUUG